AUGUCAGGUGUUGCAAGUCGAUCACAGUGCACCCCAGGAACAACAACAACUGUGUUUGCAGGGAUUGGACAGGGAGAGAUCGGUGGAACCCGUACGGCCGCCAUGCAUCGCUUACAGAAGAUACCGUCCAUUGUGAUGUCGCACAUCCACACGAGCGCCCAGGUUUCUGCCCACAUGCACUACAAAAUGCUGGUGCUGGGAGGAGGAAGUGGUGGCAUUACAAUGGGCGCCCGCAUGAAGAGACUGUUCGGAGCAGAAAAUGUGGCUGUAGUGGAGCCCAGUGAGAUGCACUACUAUCAGCCCAUUUGGACCCUGGUCGGUGCAGGUGCAAAAACCUUGGCUUCCUCGGGUCGCUCCACAGAGAGUCUCAUGCCCUCUGGAGUCAAGUGGGUCAAAUCUAAAGUUCAGGAAAUAAAUCCAAACACAAACACAGUGAAGACUGACGAUGGAACAGAGAUAACCUAUGAGUACCUGAUUGUGGCUCUUGGUCUGGAGUUACACUUUGAAAAAAUUAAAGGCUUGCCAGAAGGAUUUGAACAUCCAAAGAUCGGCUCAAAUUACUCCAUCCAGACAGUGGAGAAAACAUGGAAGGCACUUCAAGAUUUCAAAGAAGGAAAUGCUGUGUUUACUUUUCCAAACACUCCAGUGAAGUGUGCGGGGGCCCCACAGAAGAUCAUGUAUCUGUCCGAUGCAUAUCUCAGAAAGACUGGGAAACGGAACAAGGCCACAGUUAUAUACAACACUUCUCUCCCGGUGCUGUUUGGAAUCAAGAAAUAUGCAGACGCUUUGUGGGACAUCGUGAGAGAACGUGAGCUACAAAUCAACCUGAGGAGAAACCUGAUCGAGGUGCGAGCGGACAGACAAGAGGCCGUGUUUGAAAAUCUGGACUAUCCCGGAGAGACCACAGUGAUUGAGUAUGAGAUGCUCCAUGUCACACCCCCAAUGGGCCCCAAUCCAGUUGUUCAAAACAGUCCUUUGAGCGAUGGAGCCGGCUGGUUAGAUCUCAACAAAGAUAAUCUCCAGCACAAUAAAUAUCCAAAUGUGUUUGGCAUCGGAGACUGCACCAACUUGCCAACGGCUAAGACCGGAGCUGCCGUGGCUGCUCAAUCUGGAGUCUUACAUCGAACCAUCAGCAGAAUACUUAAAAAUCAGAAACCUGAUAAAAUUUACGAUGGCUACACGUCUUGCCCAUUGGUCACAGGAUAUAAAUCAGUUAUUUUAGCAGAGUUCGACUAUAACGGGCAACCACUGGAAACAUUUCCCAUAAACCAGGCCAAAGAGCGGCGGAUUAUGUACCACAUGAAAGCAGACGUGAUGCCCCAUCUCUACUGGCACGGGAUGCUCAGGGGACUGUGGGGAGGGCCGGCUCCAUAUCGGAAACUGAUGCACCUUGGAAUGAAAUAA